GACGUCACAACGACGGCUCCCGACGAGGCUGUGAGUUUACAAGCUAGUUUGCAUACGGGGGAUUUGACUUUUCGAGGACGCGUAGACUCAAUUAUUAACCCAACCGCAAUAAACGCGACGCUGGACAACAACGCGACGCUGAUGUAGGAGAAAAAAAAUACGUUGAGUUGUGCCUUCAGUGUCAACCUUUGAGACCCGCGCGGCAUCCACACACGCUCCGCCCAGCGGGGAGCGAGAGGACGGUGUCAAAGCAGCGAAGCGCUGCUUCGGAAAGUCGGUCUGCCUUUGUGGUUACUUCACCAACAAGACCGCGGGCUGUUGCGUUUCAGGACUUCACAUCAGUUCCAUGUUAGUUCACGCCGUCCCGUCGCUUUACGGACAGUCUUUUUUUCCUGUCGGGACUAUAUCAUCAGUUGUUCGUUGAUGACGUCAGGGCACUUUAGAACCAACGGCUCAGUGACACUAGCUCCGGGCUAUUUGUUUUUUGUUGUUUUGUUUACCUUCAAUUAGAAAGUUACUUCAUGGGAAUGCAAGGAACUCCCCACGUGCCGUGUUCAAUUUUGUUUAACCCGUCUUAAGUGUACACAAAUCAACAGAAAAUCGACGUGAUUUUAGUCCAUGAAGCCAAAGGCUUAAGCCUUCCAUUGAAGUUGUGCGAUGACUGCCCCGGGCUAGCUAGCACCGCAUCCGGGAACCCGGCGGCUUAAAGUGAACCGACCACUCGGCUUUGGUCUCCCACGUCACGACGGAUCAUCGGAACCAACAAGUGGACCGCUCGCCGACCCGCCGUCCGUAAACAUGCUGUGAUUCGGGGACACAGCUAUGGCCCACCACUGCUCAGACCAGAUGACGGGCCUGGUUAUCACUCCACUGGGACACUGGACUCGGUCAAUGAAUGGAAUUGAAGCUGCACUUUGGUUUAGAUUCAGUAGGAGUUGAGUGUGAUUUCAUGCUCCUCCAUGCCUUUGUUGGCAUCUAAUGGAAGAAAACGCACCAACCAAGUCUGCCAUGGUAUCUCGACUGCCGAAGUUUGGUGGACGCUCCUCAGCUGGUGGUGCUAGCCCUUUGUCGAAUGGUUCCACACAGCCAGCCACCCUGACCCUGGAUGCUAAGACCUCUCUCCCAGGAACACGGCCGAAUGGUGUAAUCCGAGCUUCUCCCUUUUCCCUUAAAUUGAAGAGAGAUAAGGGGACGAGCCCCACCGACCUGGCCAGCCCCGGAAAUGGGCUUGAAGAAAAGGCUCAGUCAAAGCUUCCCUCAUUGGCAAAGGAGGCAACAAAUGACUCUCCGGCGACACCCAAGAUGCGGAGGUCAGGUGCUUUGAUGGUGGCCGUCUCCAGUCCCAAAGCCAUCCCGAAGCAGUCCUUGAAGAUGAGUCCCAAAGCCGGGGCCAAGCUAGGCCAAAGCCCACUGAACGGAGGUCCUAAAAUGAGCCAAAACGGCUCCAGCAUUCCUGCUCGAUCAGGGUCAGAGUCCCGCCUUGUGCGGCCACGGUUUGACUCUACCUCCCCCAGGAGUAGCUCUCAAGACAGUCUGUCCCACUCCAGUGAUAGCCUGAAGACCUCGGCCCAGGACAACAUGGUGCGGUCAAACAGCUUCACUCACUUUAAGCAGAUUCCGUCGCCCAGCAGCCAGCCUAUAGCACGGUCCUUCUCCUUUAACCGGGCCGUGGAGCUUGCCAAACCUCUGGCAAACACUCAGCUCCGGCCUCCCCGGAGUAGCUACCUCAAACCCCCUCAGCUGAGCAACGGUAGACUGAGUCUAGGACCCGCAGGCCUGAACGGCAGCCUUGGAGGUUCAGGAGGCCUGAACGGCAGCCUUGCAGGUUCAGGAGGUCUGAACGGGAGCCUUGGAGGUUCAGGAGGUCUUGGUGGAGGACUCGGUGGACUUCUCUACAGACCUCCUUCGGCUGCCUCCUCUCUGCCCACCCUCUCGAUCCCCCCGGCACCCAACACUCCCAGCUCUUUGAGGAAGCCGCUGCUCCCUAGUUGUGUCCUGAACAAAUCACUGGGCGGUAGUGGGGGGGCUUUGGGCUUCAGGCUCGCUCGUUCUGGGCAGGCCAAGGAGCAGCAGAAGAGUCCUUUUCCUGGACGGGUCAAGGGGGAUACCGCCCCUUCGGCUGCCCCCAAAUCUGCAGGGCUGUUAGCGAUAGCAAUAGACAUGGAGCGGACCGGCAAGGCCAACAAAUCCGACUUGCAGAGUGACAGCGAUGGAAGCUCCGGAGCAGGAAAAGGAGGAGGGAGCGGUGGUCUUAGGAAGAGCUCCGGUCAGACAGCAGGCGAGACUCUGGAGGACAUGUCCUUAUCUUCUGCCUCAUCCCUGGACCUAGGCGACACCAGUGAAGAGUUUCUAGAUGACUUUGUGGGGGACGUGUUCAUGGACGGGGACCUGCCCGAUAACAGAAAAAUUGGCAGCACAACUCCGACCCGCCUACACAGCUUUCUCCUUGAGACCCUGGACUGGGACUCUAUGGAUUUGGCUGGCCAUAAAGAAGAAAGCAGCCCUAUGCAGGACUCCCAGGGACCACUGGUGUUGUCCUCAGAGCAGAGUGACAGCCUUCAGGCUUCCUCUGUGGAGCUGUCGCCUUCAAACAGCUCUGGUGGGACCUACAUGUGGGACGAGGAUGGUCUGGAGCCCCUUGGGCGGCCUGGGGCACGUUCAUGUGACGGCUAUUCAGAGGAUUCGGAGCUCAACAGCAUGGAUGUCCUGAACAACCUGGAACCUCCGGGAAGUGGAGACUUGGACGACGAUGACCUCAUGCUUGAUGUGGACCUGCCAGAGGAUGGAUUGCAUGACGCUGACGGGAUGUCCCACUUUGAGCGCUCAGACAGAGCUGGUCGGCAGGGGCAGCGUCGUAGACACCUUCGCUGGAGUGGACCCGAUCUCUUCUACAACAAUAGCAGGCCUCAUGUCGUCCAGCACUACGAUGGUGUAAAGGUUUCAAGGAUCCCUCCUCGGCCUGUCCCAUCCGAGGACCGAGGGCCGAGUGACUACAAGGCCAUGCUGGAUGAGCUCACACUCAAGCACAUGACUCAGGACUGCAGCUCGCUGAAGAGUCAGCUGCUCAGGCUGAAAACAUUGCUCCAGCUUGAGGAUACUGAAUCUCCAGUUCCCGAAGAGAUCGAAGACAAUACCACUGUAUCGCAGUCGGAGGAGCUGAUCAAGGAAGUGCAGUUGCUCCGCGAGGAACUGGGGAGUCGAGACAAAACCAUUGCUCAGCUCACGUUGCAGUGUCAACAGCUGCAGCAGCUGCAACAACAACAACAACAUCAGCGGGAACAAAUGUCUGCUCAGGGUUGGCCAGUCAGGUGUCAGUGCCACCACCAGAGGGCUCCCUCCUCACUGCGACAGAGCGACAGACAGAUGGACAAACGGAUGAGGCACCAGUGUGACAAGGCCACCCAGACCUACUGGAGACCACCAAGCCACGGGCCUCAAAUACUACAGCCUUUCAACCCCUGCCUCAGAGAGCACCUCCUCCAGGGAAGACCAGUAAAAACUCCCCCCACCGAGGGCCGCAGUGACCCCCCGAGGAGCAGAGCGGAAGACGCUGACCGUCCUCUUGAAGACCUUAUGGCGGACGCGUGCGGGCCGGCAAGCCCCGGCGAGCCGACUCGCCUCGGCUGCCACCUGCGCCGCGCUGAGGCUCCUCGGGGGGUCACUGCCAGGGACUGUCCGGCAUCAGCAGCUCCGUCUGCAGCGCAGCAUGAACCGAAAGCCCCCCGCGGUGCGCCAAGCCCCCGCAUGCUGCGGCCCCCGCGCCUCCUCCAGCGCGGGUCCCUCGCUUCGCCGAAGCCGGGCGGCCCCGGUGGCUCCGGCUCUCUGAGGCCGGCAUGUUCCUCGGGACCUCCGGCUAAGCGGACCGAGCGGCUGCCCCCUCCAUCUCGGGGCCUUCUCUGCUUCAGCGCCGCGCCCCGGGUUCGGGCCCCGAGUCCGGCUCGCGCCUCGCCGCUUCAGCCUCGCCGAGCACCGGAGCCUGGCGGGGACGCACACACGGAGGAGCCCGGGUCAGCCAGGAUCCCGGUCCCUUUGAGUCGCUCAUGCCUCCCCAAGCCAAAGGUUCCCUGAGGAGCCGAAAACCCAUCCAUCAGAACUCCAAAGUGGAAUCACAGUGAUAUUCAUCCCCUUCUCUCCCCCGCUUCAAUAUCAGAGUGACCGUUUUACCUUCCCAGUGUCAGAGGGACCGGCACUGAGCUCAUUAUCCCUUGUGGACCAUUCAUGGACCGCCUGUCUGGUUUCCAUUGCUAUUUUUGCCCGUUUCUAAAUUAGCAUCUACAGCCCCAGCUUGUAGCUUAAAUAUGUAGCGAGAUCUAAUCUUCACAACCAUUCACUGUAUACAGUUUACGGGUUGAGGGGAAUUUACAGGAGAAUAAAUGUCAAGUUUACAAGCCGUGCACAUGAAUGCUGCUAAUGCACGGAAAGAGUCGCCAUUCACAAAAGUCAGCUUUUAUCUUGUUGUAGCCCCGGGCUGUUAUCAAAUUUAAAAGUCACACCGCUGUGCCCGCUGACACACUGGUGUUUGGUUUUUAAACACGGAGGUGAUAUGAAUGUGACCUUUGCAGUGUAAUAGAAUAGCUGGGGGAAAUUGAGGCAAAAAAAAGUCAAAGAUUGAAAAUAACAGCAAAACAAAAUGUAUUGAAGUUCCUUGGAGCUGUCACUCUCACACUGAAUAAAGGCGGUUCUAAAAAAAUCCCA